AUGGUCGAUCUGGAUGAAAUUCGUAGAGUGCAUGAGAUAUUAGAUGAAAAUUGUGACGGAGUGGUGAGCGUGGGUGAACUGUGUGGAUUCGUCAACAGGGUUGGAAUAACAAUGUCAGAAGAUGAUGUGAGAUCUAUACUGAACAAACAUCUUCAACAGGAUUGUUGUUCCCUGCGAUUUGAGGAAUUUGUUGAGUUUUAUCAAUCCAUCUUCAAUCAUCAAGAUAAUGAAGAAAAAGGCGAGUCCGACGAUUUGAUGGAGGCGUUCAGAGUUUUUGAUCAAAACAAAGAUGGGUACAUUUCUUCUAACGAGCUUCAGAACGUGUUGUCCACAAUGGGAUUGAUUCCACAGGGACAAGAUGCGCAAAACUGUGAGAAAAUGAUAUGCAGAUUUGAUUCAGAUUGUAAUGGAGUGUUGGAUUUCUCUGAAUUCAAAUGUAUGAUGUCCUCUAAGGUUUCUCCUUAA